AUCUUUGGAGCGGUUUACUGAAAACCGGCGAAACCGGAAUCAACAAGUCGGUCCAUGUGGGUGCAAUGACAAGAAGACAGGCAGCUUGGUAGACUGCUUGCGUUAACAUGUCGACACUUUUAUUGAAUUCAGAUAACUGGAGACCAUAAAGAAUCAGGCGAAAUAGAUGAUGAAAUCAUGAGAACCUGGCAGCAACUAAAGUCCAAGCGCCUGGUGCGUGUGUUGUUUGGGCCCGUCUUCAGGAAGAGUUUAGGCUUGUCUGCUGUUGGACUGAUCUCGCUUCACUCGGUACAGACUUUGUUUCUCAAUCACUACAAGGAUUACCUGAGUCAUAGGGGCAGCGGUCAGUCGACUCCUCUUCCACCUCACGUACAGGAUGCCAUUGGUCAGGUGUUUAAGGACUUGAUGAGAACCAAGAGACUGACAGAGGCCGACCUCCAGAAGAUAGACAUGAUCAUCAGUCGGGAGGUGAGUGAGCCGUUCCACAAGGGAAACCUCCAUGCCCUCAACGGAGCAUUCAUAGGACUACCGAUGUCUUUCUCGGAGGUGAACAAAGAUUCAGACAUAAACAAGAAUCAAAGUACUGGUGCUAAUAAUGACUCUCAUAAUUUAACAGACAUCCAGCACAUUAAAUCAGGGAGGAAAGCUUUGCAUAGACAUAUUCCCUGGACCAACAGCGCCAUUAGGUACGCCAUAAUGAGAGAGUGUCUUUUGGUGGAUUCGCAUGACCUCCAGAUUCGGACGACAUUACAGGGCGUGUUUUUGUGUUUAUAUUCGAUGGUGGUGCAGUGGAACAUGACGCGGUUCCAUCAGAUUUUCGUCUUUGUGGUGUAUUCGGUGGUGUGGUCGGCGGUGUUUGGUACCGCGCUGUUGCAGCAGUGGAAUUACUACAAGAUCCAGCAAGAGAGGAGCGUGGAGGAAGAGAUCGCUUCCCUGGGGAGGGAUUACAUCACCGGGGGACUGGAGUAUUAUAACUGUGUGGUUCAACGCAAUAUCAUGUCUAACGACGGACAGUACGACAAAAACGGAAACCCCAGACAGAGGUUCUUCAGGAGAUAUUUUAUACCUUUGACAAACAAAAUAGAGUUUUUUGAAAACAAACUGAGAGAUUUUAAAUAAAUGUAUGUUUUAUUUUA